AUGGUAGAGGGUGUGGGAUCGGGAAGCGUGGGAAAGAAGAUAGGUGAUCAACAAUAUAGAGUUUCAGGCGGGCAGGGCAGGGCAGGGCAGGGCAGGGCAGGGGUGGUGGCGGACCCAAUGGGAGAUUACAUGGAGGUGAACCUGUCGCCUGAGAGUUUCAUCAGGGUUUCGGAUGCUGAAGCAUCACCGGAGACGACCUUUGUGGCAGAGGCGUCCCCUUCGGAGAUCUUGGACAAGACGAGCAUGUCGGAGGGUUAUUUCGAUAAGCUCAGUAUUGAUAGUAGCAAGGACACAAUUGGUGGUGGAGGGAACCGGAGGGGCGGAAAGAAGAGUGUUUCAGGAAAGGAUUGGUGGUGGCGUCAGGAAAAUUGCGGAGGCGCUUCUGACUCAGGGGGUGUCAAGGACUAUGUGAUGGAGUGGAUUGGGAAUGAGAUUAAGAAGGAGAGACCCAAAAGCGAUUGGAUUACUGCUUCAGCUUCUGCCAAUGAGGCUACGAAUACGGUUACGGCGAAGCCCAGUGGGAGAUCAGAACGGAAGAAACAGAGGCGGUUGGAGUGGUGGACUUGCUUGGAUGAGGAGAAGAUCCCCAAGAAGGAAAAGGGCCGACAGCCGCGAGAGUGGUGGCGGGAGGAGUUCUGUGAAGAACUCGCCAAGAAAAAUAAGAAAAAGGGCCCAAAUUCCAUAAGCGGUAGUAGUGCAGGCGAACUUUGGUGGCAGAGGGAUGAGGAUUUGGUCCCUGAGAAGAGGAAGAAAAACCGUAGCAGGAGUAGUCGGAGCAGUGUGGAUUGGUGGUUAGAUGGGCUCAGCGGAGAGUUCCGGAACGGUGGUCGGCGUAACAGUUUGGACUGGGCAAGCGGAGAGAUCCCCAAGAGCGGCGGUAUCAGUAGUACCCCAAGCAUGAGAGGCACCGUCUGCUACGUCGCCCCUGAGUAUGGCGGUGGUGGGCAGCUCUCUGAGAAGUGCGAUGUGUACAGCUUUGGGGUUCUGUUGUUAGUUCUCAUCGCUGGGCGACGUCCUCUCCAGGUAACUGGUUCACCCAUGUCUGAAUUCGAACGAGCAAACCUCAUUUCAUGGGCUCGUCAUCUUGCCCGCACUGGGAAAUUGCUGGACCUUGUCGAUCCAUCCAUUCAGUCUCUAGACCCAGAACAAGCGCUUCUCUGCAUCACGAUCGCACUCAUUUGCUUGCAACGCUCGCCUGUGCAUCGGCCCUCCAUGAAAGAAGUCGUGGCCAUGCUUUCCGGUGAGUCUGAGCCUCCCCACUUGCCAUUUGAAUUCUCCCCUUCUCCACCCUCUAAUUUUCCGUUCAAGUCCAGGAAGAAGGCCCGGUGAGUUAUUUGGGAAAUGUCUCUCCGGCACUAAAAAGAGAAAAAAGAGAGAAAUCCCAUUUUCAUGAGAAGUAGAUUUGUACCGGUAUGGGACAUUUUUAUUCAUCUUCUUAACUUCUUUUUGUGGGGGAUUUGUAAAAAAAAAAAUGGAAAAAAGAAAGAACGACGAGUAUAUUUCAUUGAAUGAAUUAUGUCUCGUUUCACAGUUCA